AUGAACGCGGAGCUUGGGCAGUCGGGCACGGAGUCGGAGAUUCGGUUCAAUGGGGGGCGCAAGCGGGCCAAGCGCAUAGAGAGGGAUCAGAGCCCAGAGUCGCACACACGUGAGAGGGGGCGUCGUCGGGUCUGGGACGAUGAGCGUGAAUCCGAGGAGCUCCGCGAAUACUUCGGCGUCUGCCGCAUUGACAUUCGUUCAGAGCGGGACUGCGGGGAGUCCAUCCAGGGGCCAAGCCCGACUCUUGAGGCUCCUGCGCGCGUGCAGACCGGGUCGCCAUCACAAGUGGACCCCAUCCUGGCCGCCGCCCAUUACUUCCACGGGCUCGGCAUCGUGACCGUCAUCACGACCUCGAGGAGAAGCGUAAUGAGUUAA